GCCGCCUUCGUGUCAGUCCACUCUGGCUUUUCGUCGAGAUUUACGUGUACUGACGGUGAAAUCCAAAAAAAAAAAGACAAGAGAAGCAAUUCCGAGUGGAGAACCCCGAAGAUGUCGACCUCAGCGGUGUAUAUUCUGGAUGUCAAGGGAAAAGUCCUGAUAUCCAGAAACUACCGAGGUGACAUAGAGACUGGUGUAAUCGAGAAGUUCAUGCCUCUGGUAAUGGAGCGCGAGGAGGAGGGCAAUUUGACACCAAUAAUUCAGAUACCAGAGUGCACUUACGCCUAUAUAAAAUACAACAAUCUUUACAUCGUAUCAACGACCAAGAAGAACGCAAAUAUAUCGCUGGUAUUUGUUUUUCUACACAAAGUAGUUCAGGUGAUGCAGGAGUACUUCAAAGAGCUCGAGGAGGAGAGCAUACGGGACAACUUCGUUGUUAUUUACGAGUUGUUGGAUGAACUUUUGGACUUUGGCUAUCCCCAGACAACAGACAGCAAAAUACUGCAGGAGUACAUAACCCAAGAGGGCCACAAGCUAGAGAUUCAGCCUCGAAUACCAAUGGCUGUGACGAAUGCUGUGUCCUGGAGGUCUGAGGGAAUAAAAUACCGUAAAAACGAAGUUUUCUUGGAUGUCAUCGAAUCGGUUAAUCUGCUGGCCAAUGCCAACGGCAAUGUUCUAUCCUCGGAGAUCGUUGGGGCUAUUAAAAUGCGAGUUUAUCUCUCCGGCAUGCCUGAAUUACGAUUAGGUCUGAACGAUAAAGUCCUGUUCGAGUCGACCGGUCGUGGAAAAUCAAAAUCUGUUGAGCUCGAAGAUGUCAAGUUUCAUCAGUGCGUUAGACUGUCGAGAUUCGAGAAUGAUCGGACGAUAUCUUUCAUUCCACCUGAUGGGGAAUUUGAAUUAAUGUCUUAUCGCUUGAAUACGCAUGUCAAGCCUCUCAUUUGGAUCGAAUCUGUCAUCGAACGUCAUGCACACAGUCGCGUUGAGUACAUGAUCAAGGCUAGAUCACAGUUUAAGAGGCGAUCCACUGCGAAUAAUGUUGAGAUUGUUAUUCCUGUACCCAACGAUGCUGAUUCACCGAAAUUCAAGACUACCAUUGGCAGUGUCAGGUAUUCACCUGAGCAGAGUGCUAUUACUUGGUCUAUUAAAUCAUUUCCUGGGGGAAAGGAGUAUCUUAUGAGGGCGCAUUUUGGUUUACCAUCGGUUGUUGGGGAAGAUGUCGAGGGAAAGCCUCCUAUUCAGGUGAAAUUCGAAAUUCCUUAUUUUACUACUUCUGGGAUACAAGUCAGGUACUUGAAGAUUAUCGAGAAGAGCGGGUAUCAGGCACUUCCUUGGGUCAGGUAUAUCACUCAGAAUGGGGAUUAUCAGUUGAGGACUAAUUAAUGAUGAUUCUAAGGUGUUUUUCAAAUGAACAUUACUGAAAUGUAUUUUUAUGAUUUGAGGUAUUAAAUU